GUUAUGGUUGUACACUAAUGUUAACAUCAAACGAAAACUUUAUAUAUAAUUCGUUUGUACCUAUCAAACUAACUUUUCUUCUCCGCCACAUUUUAAUAUCGGCCACUGUCACAGGGAAGAGAACUCCGGAGCAGAAUGAGCCGACCGCCAUUAAAACCCACGAAGAAGAAGAAGUUUACAACCAAUCAUGUUGCGAUCUUUUAUCUGUUGUGGCCAAAGAACUCGACCGAGCCUCGAGGUGCAGAAGAGGAGCAACAUGUUCGCUCCGAGCCUCGAGGUGCAGAAGAGGAGCAACAUGUUCGCUCCGAGCCUCGAGGUGCAGAAGAGGAGCAACAUGUUCGCCGCGCAGCUGCUGCGAGUGUCGGUACAUGAGCGGAUCGGCGCCGCCGCUGAAGACUUCCUGCUGCAGGUGGAGAAAGGAGAAGAAGCGGCUCGAGUCCCGGCGCUGAGAGCGCUGCUCACCGAGCGGCUAACGGCGGCGGCGGAGGAGAUCGUCGGUCUGUUGGAGGAAACCGUGGCGGAGUACGAAGACCGAGUGGAGCGGUCCGAGCGGGAGAUCUGCCGCCAGAGGAGGCUGCUCGAUGCCGUGCUGAAGCCCGAAGUCAGGCUGCACCGAGCAGAGCUGCUGCCGCCUGUGAACCCGGACCAGACUCGGCCUGAAGACAGCGUUAGCGAUCUUUCCUGCACGCCAUCGCCAUCUUCAUCAACACAGCCGUCGCCCUCGUCGUCGUCAUUGCCAUCUCCGUGUCCAUCGCCUCCCUGCCCCUCCCCCACCUACGACCCACCUGCCUCUCCGACCACCUCUGUUGUCCACAGCAACAGCGAUCCCGACAGCGACUGGGCUCUACAGUGUCGGACUCUUGGCUCGAGAAAAAAGAAAAUAGGCCGACUGCGACUCGGCAUCAGAAAGGAGCGGAAGCGGGCGACUCCACUGAGUUUCAACUGUAUGGUUUGUGGACGAUCUCUGCUGGGGAAAGGUUUCCUCCUCAAACACGUCCUGCAGGUCUGCGCCAACGACCCAGAGCACCGCUGCGGGUACUGUGGCGAGCGUUCAGACUCCGCCGAUGACCUUAGCGUUCACCUGCAGACGCACCGAGAUAUGAGUAAAACCUGCACCUACUGUGGGAAGAGCUUCCAGUCUAUUCUGGCCCAGGAGCUGCACGUCCGGCUGCACACCGGAGAGAAACCGUACAGCUGCCACGUCUGCGGCAAGCUGUUCAACCAAAAGGGGAACUUGACGUCACACAUGCGCGUCCACGCCGCAGAGAAACCCUUCCCGUGUAAAGAGUGUGACCGAGCCUUCUGUCACAUGACGUCUCUGGAGCGACACAUGCUGCAGCACAGCAGCAAGGCGGUGCACACCUGCAGCAUCUGUGGUCAGGAGUUCAGGAAGCAACACGGCCUGCGGCGACACAUGACCACUCAUCAUAAGGACAAACCGAGGAGAUACCGCAGCUCGUCGCAGUCCUACGUCUGCAAAGUGUGCGGGGACACCUUUGGCAGGAAGACUUUGUUUGUGAAACAUGUAGAGACUCACCUGCAGGACCCGGACUGCUGCUGCGGACUCUGCGGACACCAGUACGAGUCGGCCGCCAGCCUCGCCACUCACCUCCGCUCCCACCGGGAUGUGAGCAACACCUGCGACAUAUGCGGGAAGUGUUUCCCAGCUCACGCCGCGCUGCUGAUGCACCUGAGGGUUCACACUGGAGAAAAACCCUACCCCUGCCGCUUCUGCGGAAAGUCCUUCAACCAGAGCGGCAACCUGAAGACGCACCUGAAGAUACACACUGGAGAGCGUGCGUUCUCCUGCAGCCUCUGUGGGAAGGGCUUCACCCAGAAACAGACCCUGGACACUCACGUCCGCUUCCACAACAAGGAGAGACGCUUCCUGUGUCAGGUGUGUGGCAAAGGCUUCAUGCAGGACGUGGACCUGAAGAGACACCUGCUGAUCCACACGGGGGAGAAGCCGUACGCCUGCAGGGUCUGUGGGAAGAGCUUCCAGGCCAAACGAUCACUCAACGGACACCUCAAAGUCCACAAAGCAGGGGGCGCCGAGACCGGACCGGAGCCAGAUCAGGUCUCGGAGCCAGAUCAGGACUCGGAGCCGGAUCAGAAAUCGGAGCAGCAGAGGACGGACACUUCGCAUUCAGGCUUCCUCCAACUGUAAGAGGAUGUGUGUUCGAGACCGGACUCAAACCAACGACUUCACUCAGGACUCAAUCUGCCAGUGACGGUAACUUUCUCUCUGGUCCCAGUUAGUUCUGAUCUCAAGUCUCAGUUAUGAAGGUAGGUUCAGGCUGAGAUGUGUCCAAACACUAUCGGCUCCAUAGAAUGUAUAUAAAGGUGGAUGACAUCACCAUAAGCCCCGCCCCUUCCAUGUCAUGUGAGGUCGUUCUUAUCACUGAUGUUUGUUCACGUGUUCAUGUUUCUGACCACUUUGCUUCUCAUUAGUUAUUUGAUGAUAUAAAAACGGCCAGGAGACGUGAUUGACUGCUGACACUGACACACGGUUGGUGGAGAGCGUGUGUGGGUGGGGCCUCGAUACCACAGCUCCACUCCACGAUCACCAGCACAAGACCGAAGCUCCUGAAUCUGAGAUAUUUUAGCUUGGUGUUUAUACGAGAGGAAGAAGAGACGUGUCAUACAUCCUGUGGUUUGCUCACAUAUUCAGAACUCAUGACAACCUGAACCUUCGUUGGUUAAUUGUCACCGAUCCUGAAAUACAUCAAACAUUUUCUGCUUUUAGCUUCUAUUUGUUUCCCGUGUAAAAGUUUGCUCACUUCUAAAUAUUUAAUCGAUUGAUCGAUUAAUCCAUUUGAUGAGAGAAAAUUAUCUUUGUCACUAUGUUAAAGAGAUGGCCCUGCGAUAGGCUGGCGACCUGUCCAGGGUGUACCCCGCCUCUCGCCCAAUGUUAGCUGGGAUUGGCUCCAGCGACCCCCCGCGACCCUUAAAUGGAUAAAGCGGUAGACGAUGAAUGAAUG